AUGGACCUGGGCGUGGAUCAAGAAGAGAACGCUGAAAACCUCAAGUUUGGGGAGCUAUUUGGCGACAAUGAACACUGUCAACCGUUAUUGAUCUGCGAAGUUGCGGAACUGCUACGGCAGAAGCGCGCAGAGCUACCAGCCGAACUGCAGAGCUCGUUAGGUCCCAUCUUCGUCAAGUCGGAAGCCUAUGUCGAGCGUUUUAACCAGUUCCGGUCUGCAGAGGUUGCGAAAGUUGUGCGGGUGCGACUCGAACGCCAUCCCGAACUGCACCCGUUCGAGCGUGCGCAGCUCGCAAACCUGCUGCCGGAGACACCUGCAGAAGCGAAGGCCAUUAUUCCGAGUUUGAAGGGAAAGUUGGACGAUGACGUGCUGGGUCAACUUCUUCGUGACUUGGCAGCGCUCGUUGAGUGA